AACCCAGGCUUUCUGCCUUUUUGUCUUCGUAUGUUGUGAAGUGACACUUCUCCUUCUAGCAUGUUUGGGUAGACUUUCUCUGCUACCUGGAAAUACUUUGAACAGAGCAGAUUCAGCCAGCUGAUUUUCUUAGGCGGAGUAACACUGCUUUGUUUCCAGCUAGUAGGAAGAUUUAAACCCAGUUUGGGGUGGCACAGAGGGACUUGGAGAAACCAAAAUAGCAGGUUGAAAGAAGAAAAGGAGAGCUGCUUGUCCAAUGAAGAUGCAGUCUUAGUCUUCAGCUAUUUAAGCUGAAUGCAUUGUGAUUUCCAAUAAUUGAGACAGUGAUUCUGAAAGCUGUCUACAUUAAUGAAAAGAACAAUGUAGUCAGCUUAACUGAAUCAUCAGUGUUGCAUAUUGAGUAGAACAUGAUAAACCUAUUUUGAUGGACUUAUGCAUGUUAGGAUUAUAGAUAUAUACAUUUAUUUAAAGCAUUUUUUUUAAAUCAGUAGUUUUGCAGUUUUAAAUAUGGAGAAAUAUGAAAAUGUACCUCCCCUCCCUAAAGAACCUGCAAGAGAAAUGAAUGUGGAGAAUCAUACUUGUCCCCCACCUCUGCCGCCUAAUGAACAGCCUCCACCACCUCCCCUGCAAACGUCCAGUGACGCAGAGGUAAUGGACGUUAGCUCUGGUGGUGAUGGACAGUCAGAUACCCCUGCUGGGGACACGCACAGUAUCUGCAGAGCACAGCUUCUCACAAAGGGAUCUGCCUGCUACAAAAGUCGUCUUAUAAUAGACCCUAACAGUAGUGACCAAAGCCCAAGAACUGCUCGUCAUGCACCUUCAGUUCGAAAGUUCACCCCAGAUCUUAAGUUACUUAAGGAUGUAAAGAUUAGUGUUAGCUUUACAGAAAGCUGCAAAAGCAAAGAUAGAAAAGUGCUGUACACUGGAGCUGAGCAAGAUUAUAAGGCAGAUACAGAUUUUGGUAUUAAUAAUGUCAAUGGGGAUUUGCAUGUUUGUCCUUUUGCUGGUAGUAAUGGUAAAGCUAUAGGAACAGGGGGUGAAAGUGAUGACAAGAAGGAGGAUGAAAAUGAUACUGAUCAGGAAAAGAGAGUGGAAUAUGCAGUUCUGGAUGAGUUAGAAGAUUUUACCGACAAUUUGAUGGAAAUAGAUGAAGAAGGAGGAGGGUUCACAUCUAAAGCAAUUGUUCAAAGAGAUAAAGUGGAUGAAGAAACCUUGAAUUACUCUUAUGAGGAUGAUUUUGAUAAUGAUGUGGAUGCUCUUCUGGAAGAGGGUCUUCGAGCUCCCAAAACACGGAGAGUAGAAAAUGAGAAAUAUGGCGGUGAAAGUGAUCACCAGUCUGAUGGAGAAACAAGCGUGCAGCCAAUGAUGACCAAAAUUAAAACUGUACUUAAAAGUCGUGGCCGCCCUCCUACAGAACCUUUGCCAGAUGGAUGGAUCAUGACAUUCCAUAACUCAGGCAUUCCUGUAUAUCUGCACAGAGAAUCUAGAGUUGUUACCUGGUCUAGACCUUAUUUCUUGGGAACAGGAAGCAUAAGGAAACAUGAUCCUCCCCUUAGUAGCAUUCCCUGCUUGCAUUACAAAAAAAUGAAGGAAAAUGAGGAAAGGGAACAAAACAAUGACAUAACCCCAAAUGGGGAAGUAUCACCCAUAAAGCACAUAGAUAAAUCUUCAGAACUGGACUGCCAAACGGAAGAGCCAGAUUCCACUGCUGCUGAUUCUGGGCCUUUAGAUGACAAAGACCCAUCAGGGGGAGAUGCAGCACAAGGAGCCUUAGGACAAGUUAAGGCCAAAGUUGAAGUAUGUAAAGAUGAAUCUGUAGACAUAGAGGAUUUUAGACGCUACCUUGAAAAGCGUUUUGACUUUGAACAAGUUACCGUAAAAAAGUUCAGAACCUGGGCUGAGAGACGGCAAUUCAAUCGUGAAAUGAAGCGGAAGCAGGCAGAAUCUGAGCGGCCUAUUCUGCCUGCCAAUCAGAAACUCAUUACCUUGUCUGUGCAGGAUGCACCCACAAAGAAAGAGUUUGUCAUUAAUCCCAAUGGGAAGUCUGAAGUUUGCAUACUGCAUGAAUAUAUGCAACGAGUCCUAAAGGUUCGCCCUGUUUACAAUUUCUUUGAAUGUGAGAACCCAAGUGAGCCUUUUGGAGCCUCGGUGAUUAUUGAUGGAGUGACUUAUGGGGCUGGAACUGCCAGCAGCAAAAAACUUGCCAAGAAUAAAGCUGCUCGAGCUACACUGGAAAUCCUUAUUCCUGACUUUGUUAAACAGACCUCUGAGGAGAAGCCCAAAGACAGUGAAGAACUUGAGUAUUUUAACCAUAUCAGUAUUGAGGACUCACGGGUAUAUGAACUGACCAGUAAAGCUGGACUCUUGUCUCCAUAUCAGAUUCUCCAUGAGUGCCUUAAAAGAAACCAUGGAAUGGGUGACACAUCCAUAAAGUUUGAAGUGAUUCCUGGUAAAAAUCAGAAGAGUGAAUAUGUCAUGACUUGUGGCAAACACACAGUACGAGGCUGGUGCAAAAAUAAAAGAGUGGGGAAACAAUUAGCUUCUCAGAAAAUCCUACAGCUACUGCAUCCACAUGUGAAAAAUUGGGGCUCUCUUUUGCGUAUGUAUGGUAGAGAGAGUAGCAAGAUGGUUAAACAGGAGACAUCUGAUAAAAGCGUGAUAGAACUUCAGCAGUAUGCCAAAAAGAACAAGCCAAAUCUGCACAUCCUGAACAAGCUACAGGAAGAAAUGAAAAAAUUGGCACAAGAAAGAGAGGAAACACGAAAGAAACCCAAGAUGACAAUAGUAGAGUCAGCUCAGCCUGGUAGUGAACCUUUGUGCACUGUUGAUGUGUAAUGAGAAAUCUUACAAGUGGGGAGCAAUAACACAAAUGGAGAAACUAGAUUUUUCAACAAUUAUUUAAAGAUCUGUUUGCUGCAGAAUGCAAGAUAACUUAAAAUCCAAGCUGCUUCAGUUAUGCAUUGUUCUUUUUGCAUCAUCAGGGCAAUAUUACAUUUUCCUUUAUUCUGUAUUUUCUUCCCCCUCACCUUUUUUUUUAAUACCUCUGAUAUGUAUGUUUAAAGGAUUGAUCAUAAAGAGCUCUACUUUGGCAAAUGCACAGAGAACAGGCAUGUUCACACAGGAUAAACUCAAGCAAGCACUUUUUCCUUGAAAGUCAUCCAAGCUGUUUGAAAUGGAUGUGUUUUAAGGAUCAAAUUCAGAAUAUCUAUGUACAGGUUGAAGCUGAUACUAAUAUAUAUAUAUGUAUACAUAUAUAUGAAAUAUAUAUACACCUUCUUGUAUGAACAUGCCUACAACUAUUUUUGUGAAAAGUUUUUUUGCAUUUCAGCACAUAAUAAUAUGCACUGAUAAGACACUUUGACAAAUACAUGAAAGUGAUGAGCAAUGUUUAAUGCCAUAGGAUUAGGCCAGUAAUGUUGUUUCUUUUUUUGUUUAUUUGUUUUGUCUCCUACCAGGCAUAGUUAUUCAAGAUCAUGGUAGGCAAGUUUGGUUGGCUUUUUUUGGGUGGGAGGCUUUUAUUUUUUUUAAACAAAAAAAAAAAAAAAACUUGGAAAGAACAAGUGUACCUGCUAGUGUUAAGAGCAACAAGCUGGAUAUCCCCAAUUGUUGGGUUUAUUUUAAUUGAAAAGAACUUACAAUAGUUUACAGAUCAAUUGAAAGUGAAAAAUAUGGCCCAAUUUUUUUGAUUAGAAUGAACACUGUAAUGAAGUUUUGCCAUUUUGAGAGGCUGUUUUCAAAGCUUGGAGCCAAAAUGUAACUGAAGAUGGUUGACAGUCUGAAAAUAUUUUGCCAAUGCGUUGUUUAAAGAUGUUCUACUUCCUCUCCCUAGCAAUAAAAAAAUUUCUCAUUUUUUGGGGUCAGAAUACAUCUGACUUGAUGAAUUAAGUCUUAAGUAAUUUGCACCAUAAAAGCAAAGAAUUUUAAAAGAACUUUGAGGAAUCUGAAAUAACUGCAGCAAUUUUACUUUUUAAAGUUGUUUUUACUUUUUUAUUACAUUUUAGCUUUUGGAGAAAAAGUGUAACUUCUGCAAUGAAAAUUAGAAUGUAGAUUUGGAAUACAACAUAGAGUAAGGAGUAGAAUGAGACCAUAACAACUUGUAUGAUUAACAUGAAAUCAUGAAUAUACAAAUGUUUUGAAAUACAGUCUUAGAAAACAGGCAGUACUCACUAUGUCAUAUGAGGCUUUAGUAAAUUAAGCACAGAAGAAAUACUUUUGGCUGUAGUGAAAGCACUGCUUUUUGUGGGUUUUUAUUUUCCCUUUUUGUUCGGGGUUCUUUACUGGGUGAUUGCAGUAAAUCUUCUCUUAGAACCAUCUUUUGGGGUUCUUUGGUUUGUUCUUAAGAGUGAAAACCAAGUUAGUGGUAGAGCUUCUAUGCUUUAUCCAAGAGUCGUAAGUUGUACUGCUAUUUUUACACUUGUGUAAGAGUGAAAGAGGUCAGUUCUUUAUAAUUGCUGCAGCUCCUGGUACUUACCUGGACAGUGAAAUUUUAUUUUAUUUUUUAUUUUUUUAAACCAUGCUACAUAUGGUGUAUUGCAGUAUAAUGAAUUGUGCCUACUGAAUUUUAACAAUAUUGGCAUCAGUAUUGUCAGACCUCUUUUAAUAUCACCUCUGUUAUUUUGGAAAUCUGUGGAUUUUAAUUUUUAUUCCAAGCUAAUGUUUUGUAAUAUGUUGCUUAUAAUGUCUGAGGUUAAAUAGGAUUGUUUGAAGAGUAUUGGAGUCUUACCUGUUUCUGUGUUUGAGUGAUAUGCUCGGAGGUCUCUGCAAAGAUUAAGUCAUCCAUUGCUCAUUAUUGUAUUCAGCUUUUCAGUUCUGCAAGUUGUAAUCCUGUUAGAACAGGAUACGGGUAGUUGGAAGACUAUACAUAAACUAUUAUUUAAAGAAGUGGCCUAUCUGAAAAAAAACUGAAAACAAAAAACCCCACUGCCUCUGCUUUUUUUUAGUAUAGCUUUAAUAAAUCUCCAUCUUUGAAAGGUAUAUAAUAUUGGUGCAGUACUGACAAACAGUGAUUGCUGUUUGUCUCUUUAAUUUUCUUUUUUUUUCCUUUUUUUCCCCCCCCCGUAAAGACAGGGCUUAUAUCUUCUAUGCCUAAAUGUAUUAACUGUAUUAGGUAGGUUUUUGUCAGCUUGUGUGUUUUCAGCAGAAAAACCUGUGCUUGGAUAGCACUGUAAAAGACAAAUCACCCUUGUAGAUCUUUAUUUUUCUGAAAUCAGAAUGUCAAUGUUUUUGCAGGUCACCUGCAGAAUAUCCAUAGAUGCCUCACAAAUUUGUUUUUAUGGUUUUUAAGAGGAUUGCUGUAUUACCUCAGUCUACCACUCUCUGAAUCACAAGGUGACCAUUGCCCUUAAUUAAAACAUCCAGAAAUUUCAUUGUGAACCAAAGCCUAGAACAUAUUAUGCAUUCUUAAAAAAAAAAAGAGAGAGAGAGAGAGAAAAAGAAAAAGAAAAGGAAAAAAAAGGGGGAAAAAAAGAUGGUAUUAGACCUUGCUGCAGCCUUUAACUGGAGAGAUGUCCAGAAAAUAGCGCAAUAACUGCUGGAACAAACAACUGCUGUUUAUUGUCAUUGUGAAGUAUUCUUGUGUUUUAAUGUUUACUAUUGUUUGGAGUAUAACAGUCUUGCAUUUGCACAUAAGCACGAGCUGCUGUGAUAGAGGAUAGAUCAUUGCAUUAACUUCAGCUUCUGCAUGAACACUUACAGUGUGAUUCAAGAUGUAUCCUAAAUUUGUCUUGUAACUCUUUGUGUGUUUUCUAGGUAAUCGGCUGUAAAGGUUUAGAUCUUGAUUGUAUGAAUGCAUAAAACAACUGCUGCUUUUGUCACUGAUAUUUGUUCUUUAUCCCUCCCGUAUCCCAAGAAAGAUGGGUAUUUUUAUAGGGAUGGAGUGUAUGUUUAAGAACAGUUCCAUUCUUUGGGAGUUAGACUUUUUGCUUUGCAUAUUAUGUGCUUCUUGACAAAAGUGUGGUAUAUUGACUUUAAGGGUUAAAUUAGUGUGCAUUCAAAUCUGUAUGGUACUGAUGGAAAACUUACUGUGACUUCCAGUGAAUAGUCAGAUGCUACCUAUUUAAACACCAGUUACUCAGCUUUUUCUUACAUAUUUAUUAAACAAAGUGGAUGAAGUAGCUGGGUACUCAGAUGCUUGGAAAGGCUAUUAUGCAUAAAAUUACCUGUCAUAUGUAAACUUCCAAUCUCCUGUGAUGCUGUUAGACUGUAUGUAAACAUACAUACUGUAACAUCAAGUAUUUAAAAGCCUCAUGACAUCCUAUUAAUUCUCUAGACUGUACUUUGAUUCUGGAGUAAAAUUCCGAAAGUAAUAGCCUCCUCGCUUCCUGUGGGAAGUUACACGAAGUGCAAGAAGCCAUGCUGUUCUUUACCAAAUAAGAUGAUCAGUUACAGUAUUCUGAGGCGUGUCGGAGAUGGGAAAGUGAAAAACAAAAUCCAUUCUUAUUGCCCAAGUAGGUAACAGUGGUUGCUGUAUGAAUUGUAUUGGGUGCAGUUGCUUGAUGCCAGUGCUAAAUUAGUACAACUAUAAAGCCUCAUUUUCACUGAGCCUCUGCUUGCUUUUUUUUCUGCACAAUCAUAUAAGCCUAUGUGUUUGGUCUUUGAGUACUACAUGUGUAUUUUUCAGACAAUUAGUUUUGAGCAAUAAAGUUUGAUAUUAUAAAAAUGAUGCAGUCUGAUCAGUAUUGUGGUAAUGUAAACAUAUUUA